GACCUGGAGGACGAUCACAAGAUGGGUCGUCUCCUCGCCAACUCCAAAUACGUCCACCUGACAGCCAAGGUGAAGGGCAUCCGAGUGUACAAACGUAACCGUAUGGUCAUCACCAACCCUGUGGUGUCCAGGAAGGACCCCACCUUCAACACCAUCACCUACGACUGGGCACCGCCAGGACUCACACAGAAACUGGCCAUGCUGUAUAUGGAGUUGCUCCCAGAAGACAAGCGUCCUGUAGCAGGGACUGAGGGAGCAAUGUACCGGCGCAGGCAGCUGAUGAGACAGCUACCUGUCUACGACCAGGACCCCUCCCAGUGCCAUGGGCCACUACCAGAGGAUCAGCUCCAGGCCAUGUCUGUCUUCAUGAAGCGCUACAAAGAGGAGGCUCUAGGAGUAGGGGAGGUGGCGCUGCCUGGGGAGGGAGGCGCUAACCCUCCGCCCGUCGUCAAAGGAGAAAAGCAGAAGGACGGAACUGGGAAUGGGCAGGCCACCAAUGUCCAGCCAGACCCUGUUGAUACUCCUACCACCAAUGGGACUGACUGCUGUAAAAGUGAAUAUCAUUGCAGUGGUUGCGGGGAGCUCGCCCCCCUGGACAGUCCUGUGGUGUAUGCAGAGUGGGCGGGCUACGACAAGCAGUGGCACCCGACCUGCUUCGUGUGUUCAGAGUGUGGAGAGGCUCUGGUGGAUCUAGUGUACUAUUGGAGGGAGGGAGAGCUGCUCUGUGGAAGACACUACUGCCAGAGGACCAGACCACGCUGUUCGGGAUGUGAUGAGCUGAUCUUCUGUGAGGACUACAAGAAGGGGGCAGAUGGCCAGGCGUGGCACCAGGACCAUUACUGCUGCUGGCGGUGUGGCCAGAGUCUUGACAGCCCCUGUUCCUGUCCCCAAACACCCAGCCCCAAGCCUGUUUAGGCCCUCCACCACCCAGCUGUAACCAAGACCGCUUCUGACAGUUCCUGUCCCCAAACACCAAGACCAGUUUGACAGGCCCAUGCUCUUUACACCAAGACCAGUUUGACAGGCCCAUGCUCUUUACACCAAGACCAGUUUGACAGGCCCAUGCUCUUUACACCAAGACCAGUUUGACAGGCCCAUGCUCUUUACACCAAGACCAGUUUGACAGGCCCAUGCUCUUUACACCAAGACCAGUUUGACAGGCCCAUGCUCUUUACACCAAGAC